CACAAAACUGAGCCCUUCGGGCGGGCAGCCACACACGUGUAUGUCAUUUCGCUUCAAUGAGCUCUUGGAUCGAGCUCAUGGCCUUGUUGACACUCGCAGUGAAAACCUCUGCACACACACACACUCACCAGACAAGCCCGUGUGUAUCGGCGCACAUGUGUGUGUGUGUGUUGCUGUGUGUGGCGUGCCUGUGUCCUGCACGGGAGUGGCUAUGUCCCCGGGCGCAUUCGACAGAAUGAGCGCCCCGGCAGCGACGCCCACAACCAGCAGACCAGCCAAAGAUGGAAGCACGCCGAUCGACGGACCGCCAGACACCUACACGGGCAACAUUCACGUAAGAGUGAAGGGGUGUGUGUGUGGUUGUCUGGCGUGUUGUGUGCACACCUGCACGCCCUUGCUCGUGCCAGAUGCUGUCUUCGCCGCUGGCUUGGCAGGUGCAGGUUGCUUGGACACCACCACACGCGCCUUCUUGAUGGGCUGCUUGGUGUCGGGUGACCAGUAGCCCUGCUCCACGACAGAGAGGACGGUGCCCGGCUUGACGUCACGGCGCUCCUUCUCCUCAGCUUUGUCAUGCAAAACCGGGUCGAAGGCAUCACGCACGGCCUGCAAACACAUACACCACGGGCUGAUGGAUGGAAAUAUGUGUAUGUGUAUGUGUGUGAGCUGACUGACCGGCACGAGUGGUUGGACGUUGAGAGUCGUGAGAGUCUCGUUCAGCAGGGACAGCACCUGUGGGUAGUGAGAAAAAGAGACAAAGAAAGAGAGACAGAGAGAGAGAACACGACAUGCGAACGGAUUGGCUGACGUGCAUCCAUCUGUCCAUCUAUCGGUCCAUUGGUCCUGACCUGUUCAGCCUCUCCCUGUGUGACGCUGUCGAUGACCUGCCCGCCCAGCACUUUCCGCACCCCCUCCCACUCAGCCGCAAGCACCCUCUGGGGCACACUGUCCACCUCGCCAACAGCCUACUCAACACACACGACACACAUACGCCGAUCCAACAAUUCGUAUCUAUGAGUGUGGCUGGGUACCUUGUCGUAUUCCCGCUUCAGCUGCUGCAUCAUCACAUCACGCUGCAGAAUCGCUGCAUGCCCACACACCCCACACAAUAGACAGGGAGGAUACAUCAACAUGCGCCUGUGUGUGUGUGUGUAUGUGUAUAUGCACCUGCUCUGUACGACUUGUUUGUUCGCUCUAGAGCGGCUAUUUUCUGGACGGCACUGCACACACACAAUGCGUGUACAUCCAUCCACGUGUACACUCACGUCUCGGCAUACACCAACCAUACCUGUCGUCUUUCUUUGCCACCUCCUGCUUGGGCACAGCGGCAGGUGCGGCGGGUGGUGCUGCCGGGGCCGCCUGUGCCUUGCUGGCUGCCUUCUUGAGCUCAUCCUGCAGCUGCUUGUACAUGACCUCUCGCUGGAACAAAGCAUUCUUCAGCCUGUCAUCGGCUGCAGAGGGGAGGGAUGAAUGUAAAGAAGGGACACACCACACCCGUCCGUGACACACGUACUCACGCAGGUUGCUUCUUGCUUACGAGAUGCUGUUGAAGGAUCUCUCGCCACGAGCAUUGUGGUGGGCCGGGACGACUGCACACACAGAGGACAGAAGAGAUGAUGGAGGCGAAUACAUCAUGUCCGUGUCUGCCUGUAGAUGUGUGUCUGUGCUGACCCGUUGCAUGUGUGCAUUGCUGCCGGUGCGCUCAAGCAGAGAUGGCAGGGGCCCCGGCUGCCAACCACGAGCACACAAACAGUGCACAGGCAGAGAGAUGAUCUGCAGUCAGAUCUUUUCAGAUCUCUCUUGCAUGCCGACUUACCUGGAAUGCCUCCGCGCUGACGAUGGCAGACAAAGCCAAGAAGCCAAGCAUCGUGCGUG